CUUUACCUUCUUCAUGGUUUAGGUUCGUGAAAGACCGAGUUUCUGUAAUCAGUUUCUCUAUUGUAAGCAUUUACCUGUCUCCUUGUAAAUCGAUUGGUUUUCCGGAAAGAUUAAUAGAAGAGGAUAACAAUUAGAUAAGAAAGAAUGGGGGAAGGGAGAGAAGGUGACUGGGAGUGUAGCGGAUGCCGGAAUAGAAACUACGCAUUCAGAUCCUUCUGCAAUAGAUGUAAACAACCUCGGCUUCUAGUCGACACAAAAACCCCCGCCGAUUCCAAAUGGCUCCCUCGUAUCGGAGAUUGGAUCUGCACCGGUUGCAGCAACAACAAUUAUGCGUCAAGAGAAAAGUGCAAAAAGUGCGGGCAACCAAAGGAGGUAGCAGCAAUGCCAGCAAUUGCAAUGCCUGGAGCUUCUCUCCCAACUUAUGCAAAUUAUUUUGCCAGGGCACAAGGAGGAGUGGGACCGCAGCUGAAUAUGGGGACAACAGGCAAUUCUGCUCUCCAACAGUCUCUUCCAUUGAACCCUAAUUGGUUGCUUGGCGUGGCUGACAAGUAUGGUGCUCAGUCAACUCCUGUUUGGCCUUUAGGUGGAAGUAAUAAUGUUGGGUUUCCAUAUGCAAAUAAUACAAAUCAGCUUCUUGUGGUUCCGAAAGGAUGGCGCAAUGGUGAUUGGAUAUGCUGCUGUGGCUUUCACAACUAUUCUUCUCGUGCACAGUGUAAAAAAUGCAAUGCUCCUAUACCAUCUAACACCCCCUCUACUGUGUUGAACACAGCAGUUAGCAAUUUAUUCCCAAAUGAAGGUCAUGGGACAAAGCGGUUGGCAUCAGAGGAAUUUAUAAACGAAUGGGAUAACAAGAGGUUGAAUGCUGGAGAUAUAAACAAUAGCGCUCUGGCAAAUGGACAACAGCAGUCAUGCCAGGGAUUUGAGCAGAUGACUGGAUCCAGUAAUGACCAAGCACCCGGAACAUAUGCCCCUUAUCCUAGUGGAAUUUCUUCAACAGCCACAUCUUUACCAGUCCAACUGCAACUACCACAGUUGGCAACAAUGCCUACCCUUCUAGGGAAAGGCAGUGCAAAACAAUGGCGUGAUGGAGAUUGGAUGUGCACGAACUGCAAUAAUCAUAAUUAUGCAUCUCGAUCUCACUGCAAUAGAUGUUUGACUCAAAGAGACACACUCAACCAGCCUGUUAGCGUUCCAUAGUUUCUAGUUCUCUUGAGGAGUUGGAUGGUUGUAGGCUUAACUCCUGGGUUUGGGUUUUUUUUAUUUGAAUGAUUUAGGCUUGUAGAACAUACUGCUUUUGCUUGAAGGCCUAUAUUGGUUUUCCGUAAUUUUAAUGUUCUUGUAGUUAUGAGCUUUUCUCUAGGGGUUUCUAGAUUGUUUUCGUGGUGACCAUUAUCUUUUCAGUGUUAAAAAAUGUAUUAGUAAUUUUGUGAUGUAAGAGUGGCUCGAUCACAUGAUUAUUGCUUUGAUUGAAAAUUAUGUUUUGAGUGUUUGAUGUAGUA